AUGAGUGCUUGUUAUAUUCUAUCAUUAAAAGUUGUAUGUUUGGUGAUCGCAAAUGCUGGUUUGAUUAUCGCAAUCAUCAUAGCUGCAGUUCAUCUUGGGAACGAGGGCAAUUAUCGAUCAGCAAAAGAAUUUCUGCUACAGUUGCAAAGAGUGUAUGACACUGCUGUUUAUUCAUUAUUCGACAUACUGAUAUUCUUCAUUAUAACUAAUUUGAUAAGUUUUGGGAUGCGACUGAAAGUCACCAUGGAUAGUGUUAAUUAUAUCACUCAACAGGUUGAUGAUCAGCGCAAAGAAUGCGAGGAAACCGUGCGUAGAUUCGUAUGCGAUGCCUUUUUCGUUAAGAAAUACUAUGAGAAUAAACCAACAAUUUUUGAACCUGUUGAAACGUUAUCAAUUCAGCAAGCAGUAUCAAGACAUAAAGAAGUAAGAAAAGAACGAAGCAUUGAUGAAACAGUAAAAGAAAUUAGCAAACAAUUAAAAAUGCUUAAGAAAAUGAACACCGUUAUGAACCAGCCGGAGGCAAAGCUAUUUGAUUCAAAUUUUGUGAAACUAAUUGAAGAAUUAAACGGAACUGGGCAAACUAUAAUAGGAAAAGAUGUAAGCAGAAUAAAACAGGACAAGAAAUUGUCAAGAACACAAGAAGAUAAGUUGCGCAUAGUGCUUAGAUUAGAUAAAUUUGUUAGAAACUUAAGAAGUAUUUCACGAACAAAUCAAGCGGGAAGAAAAUAUAAAAGUGGAUAUGUUGAUUUAACGCAGUACAGUAUUAAAGAUCAAAAGAGCCGAAUGAUAAUCGACAAAACACAACUAAGUGCUGUGAAAAGCCCAAGUAGCCAUCAGGCUAAAACGUCAUCUCAAAGUAGAAAAUCGAUUUCGCCCUUUUCUUCGACGAAUCGUGGAUUCAGGGCGCCAUCUUCAAAGGUAGCUGAGAAAAUUCUUGGGGAAGACAAAACACAAUCAUCAUUACAUCGCACAAGUCAGAAUCAAGUAACAGUGCACUUAUCAACACCGAGUAAAAAAGGUGCAAAAAUGAUGAAACUUUUAAAGCCUUCCAAAACUACUCUACCAAAGUCAUCCAUAAGCCAAAAUAGCCUGAAGAGUUUUUCCGGAUACGAAUGCUGUAGUACCGAAAGUAGUACCCAGAUAUAUACCGAUAGUGUCAUUAAGACACCGAUAAAAGAAGAGUCGCGAGAAAAUAUCAAUCAGGAAAUGACAAAAAGAAUGAAGAUGAGAAGGUGA